AUGGUUUUUUCAUCCUUGUCACGUAAACCGGGGCUGAUCGUAUUCGACCUAGACUGCACGUUGUGGCCCUUUGACUGUGAUGACUACUACGAAUCAAAACUCUACAAAAAAGAUGGGAUUGUUUAUGACGGUUCGAAUGUGACAGUUAAACCAUACCCUCAGUCUGAAACAGUCUUGCGCCGAAUAAAGGAGGAACCCGACGUCAAAUUGGGUGUUGCCUCAAUGACGAGUUCUCCAAGAGUAGGUCACAAGCUGAUAAAGCUCUUUGGGUGGGACAAGUACUUCGACUACGUGGAGAUCUACCCUGUAUCCAAGGUGAAACACUUUGAGACACUCGCCAAAAGGUCCGGUCUUCCCUUCUACCAGAUGCUUUUCUUUGACGAUCUCUCCUUCAACAUCCGUGAGGUGGGUAGUCUCGGUGUUCAUGCUGUGCUUGCUCCCAAUGGCGUCGACCUCACCCUCCUGCGACGCGCUCUUGAGGAGUUUGCCUCAAUUACCCCCGGUGCUUAG